AUUUGUCAUCCACGUGCACUUUUCUUCUUCCUUUCCACCCUGUUUUUUCAACUCUUCUGCACUUUGGAUUCUUUCUUCUCCCACCAAAACGCAGCCGUUUUAGUUCAUCAUCCCCAACACUCUAACUCUCAGUCUCACUUAUCUUCUUCACCUUCACUUUCUCUCUCCUCAACUUUUUUUUUUACUUCACUCUCACAAAAAACCCAAAAAAAUGGCAGAAGAAACUCUUCCCUCCACCACACCACCUCCACCGGAAGUUUCAGAAUCUCCGGCAGAAAAAUCAGCAGAAACAGAAUCUUCAGUACCGGAGAAAGAAUCUCCGGUGCCGGAAAAAGAAUCUCCGGCGAAGGUUGAGACAGAAUCAAUAACACAAGAACACCAACAAACUGAAACAACAAUAACUGAAUCUGAGAAUCUCAAGCUGAAAGAAAAAGAUACUUCUUCUAAAAAUAGAACCUUUAUUCAGUCUGCAGUUUCUUUCAAAGUAGAAAGUAAUCUACUUUCUGAUCUUUCAGAAUCUGAGAGAAAAUCACUUGAAGAUUUCAAAACUUUACUCAAACAAUCUAUCUCAAACAACACCCUUUUACCCAAAUCAUCAUCAUCUGAUGAACCUUCAACUUCAAAAUCUGAGAUUGUUACAACAACUAUUGAAUCUGCACUAAAUAAAGAAGAAAACCCAGGUGAGGAAUUUUCUGGGUUUUCAAUUUGGGGAAUACCCUUGUUGAAAGAUGAAAGAACAGAUGUGAUUUUGUUGAAGUUUUUAAGGGCAAGAGAUUUUAAAGUGAAUGAUGCAAUGAUAAUGCUGAAAAAUACCCUAAAAUGGAGGGAUGAAUUUGGGAUUGAUAAACUAGUUGAUGAAGAUUUAGGGGAUGAUUUGGAGAAGGUGGUUUUUAUGCAUGGACAUGAUAGGGAUGGACACCCAGUUUGUUAUAAUGUUUAUGGGGAGUUUCAGAAUAAGGAGUUGUAUGGCAAAACUUUUUCUACUGAGGAAAAAAGAGAGAAAUUUUUGAGGUGGAGAAUUCAGUUUUUGGAGAAGAGUAUUAGGAAGCUUGAUUUUGAUCCUGCUGGUGUUAAUACAAUUUUUCAGGUGAAUGAUUUGAAGAAUGCUCCUGGUCCUGGGAAAAGAGAGCUUAGAUUAGCUACUAGAAAAGCUCUUCAUUUGCUUCAGGAUAAUUAUCCUGAAUUUGUUGCCAAACAGGUGUUUGUUAACGUACCCUGGUGGUACGUGGCCUUUUACACCAUGAUGAGCCCAUUUAUGACUCAAAGAACAAAAAGCAAGUUUGUGUUUGCUGGAACUUCAAAAACUGCCGAAACUCUUUUCAAGUAUGUAUCUCCAGAGCAAGUUCCAAUUCAUUAUGGUGGUUUAAGUACGGACUAUUGUGAUUGCGAUUCGGAAUUCACCGUGGACGAUCCUGCAACUGUCCUGAACCUAAAAACUGCAACAAAGCAGUUUGUAGAAAUCAUAUGUUCCGAGAAAUGCAUUAUCGUUUGGGAGGUUCGAGUGGUAGGGUGGGACGUGACUUAUAGUGCUGAGUUCGUGCCUAGUGCCAAUGAUAAGUACACCGUGGUUAUGCAAAAGGCAACCAAGAUGACCUCGAAUGAUGAUCCUGUGAUAUCUGGAAGCUUUAAAGUAAGUGAAGUUGGUAAGAUAGUCCUUACAGUUGACAACCCAACUUUCAAGAGAAAGAAACUACUUUACAGGUACAAGGUGUUGCCUUUCUUUGACUGAUGAUGAUCUUGGUCAGUGUCAAUAUUGCUAUGAGUGAGAGCUGAUUCCUUUGUUCAAUAUGUAGAUGGAUAUGAGGUUCAACUUUCCUUUGUUAAUUGAUUAUUUUUGUUCUUAUGUUCAACAUUGUCGAACUUUUGGCCCAUUUCUUUCCUUUUGGAUCAUACAGCAAGCUCUUGCGGAUCAAAUAGGAAAAUAGAAACGUAGGGUAUAUGUUGAGUGUAAAAUGGCUGUAAAAACUCCGUGUGACUUCGAUGUUUUUGAUCUGUAUACUUCCAAGUUUUAUGAAUGUUUAUAUGUUUGAAUCA